AUUAGUCUCCCAACCUUGCUCUAGAGUGGCAAUCAGUGACUGGGCAUACCACACAAUCCAAUCGGAAAUUUCUAUAAAAGACAUCCGUUCUAGGUGUUGAGCUGUUCAGUACACUUUGAACGUUGUGAAAAGAAACUGGUGGAAAGAUGAAGGCAUAUUUGACAUUGUUUCUAUUGGCGGUCGUCAUCGCAACAAUAUCGGCGCAAGGAUAUUACCCAGGCCCAGGACCGUUCAGACCGGGAUCGGGAGGUUAUGGCCUCUUUAGACCAGGUUAUCCAGGAUACGGCCCAGGUUAUGGACCAGGAUAUGGCCCAGGAUAUGGACCGGGAUAUGGUCCAGGAUAUGGUCCGGGAUAUGGUCCAGGAUAUGGGCCAGGUAACGGAUACUAUCCGGGAGGUGGAUACUACCCAGGGGGCGGAUAUAAUCCUGGAGGUGGGUACUAUCCAGGAGGCGGAUAUUAUCCACGGGGCGGGUACGGAGGCUAUGGCGGAUAUGGAGGCUAUGGUGGAUAUGGAGGAUAUCGACGGGGUCUCAUAAAAUAGAUGAAAAACAUAUUAUAGUGACCUUAGUGUUAAGUGUACGCCUAAUGUGAACUAUCUGAAAUGUUACUUAUUUUUAAUUAAACACGACUAUCAACAAAUUUAAGAAUACA